AUGCACAACAACUGCGACAAACACGACCACUUCGAUAUACACAACAACUGCGACAUACACGACCACUGCGACAUACACAACAACUGCGACAUACACCACCACUGGGACAUACACAACAACUGCGACAAACACGACCACUGCGACAUAAACGACCACUGCGAUAUACACAACAACUGCGACAUACACAACAACUGCGACAUACACGACCACUGCGACAUACACGAACACUGCGAAAUACACGACCACUGCGACAUGCACAACAACUGCGACAUACACGAACACUGCGACAUACACGACCACUGCGACAUACACAACAACUGCGGCAUACACCACCACUGCGACAUACACGACAACUGCGACAUACACAACAACUGCGACAAACACGACCACUGCGACAUACACGACCACUGCGACAUACACAACAACUGCGACAUACACCACCACUGCGACAUACACGACCACUGCGAUAUACACAACAACUGCGACAUACACGACCACUGCGACAUACACAAACACUGCGACAUACACGACCACUGCGACAUACACGAACACUGCGGAAUACACGACCACUGCGACAUACACCACCACUGCGACAUACACGACCACUGCGAUAUACACAACAACUGCGACAUACACGACCACUGCGACAUACACAAACACUGCGACAUACACGACCACUGCGACAUACACGAACACUGCGGAAUAUACGACCACUGCGACAUACACAACAACUGCGACAUACACGACCACUGCCACAUACACGACCACUGCGAUAUACACAAACACUGCGACAUACACGGCCAUUCCGACAUAAACGUCCACUGCGACAUACACCACCACUGCGACAUACACAACAACUGCAACAUACACGAUCACUACGACAUACACGACUAUUGCGUCAUACACGACCACUGCGACAUACACGACCACUGCGACAUACACGACAACUGCGACACACACAUCCACUGCGACAUACACGACUGUUGCGACAUACACGUCCACUGCGACAUACACGACUGUUGCGACAUACACGACCACUGCGACAUACACGACCAAUGCGACACACACGACCACUGCGAUAUACACGACCACUGCGACAUACACGACCACUGCGACAUACACGACCACUGCGACACACACGACCACUGCGACAUACACGACCACUGCGACAUACGUGAACACUGCGAAAUACUCGAUCACUGCGACAUACACGACCAAAGCGACUUACACGACCACUGCGACAUACACGACCACUGCGACAUGCACGACCACUGCGACAUACACGACCAUUGCGACAUACACAACCACAACGACAUACACGACCACUGCGACAUACACGACCAUUGCGACAUACACGACCACUGCGACGUACACGACAUAUGCGACAUACACGACCACUGCGACAUACGUGACAACUGCGAAAUACUCGAUCACUGCGACAUACACGACCAAUGCGACAUACGUGACCACUGCGACAAACUCGACCACUGCGACAUACACGACCACUGCGACAUACACGACCACUGCGACAUACACGACCACUGCGACAUACACGACCACUGCGACAUACACGACCACUGCGACAUACACGACCACUGCGACAUACACGACCACUGCGACAUACACGACCAAUGCGACACACACGACCACUGCGAUAUACACGACCACUGCGAUAUACAUGACCAGUGCGACAUACAUGACUAA